AUACAGGACAUACUGCUGAUAUGAAUAUAUUUUUAGAUGAUCCAGAAUUUGCAGAAAUUAUUCUGAGAGCAGAACAAGCUAUAGAGUGUGGAGUUUUUCCAGAAAGAAUCUCUCAAGGAUCCAGUGGGAGUUACUUUGCAAAGGAUCCAAAAGGGAAAAUUAUUGGAGUGUUCAAACCAAAAUCUGAAGAGCCUUAUGGACAUCUAAAUCCAAAAUGGACCAAAUAUUUUCACAAAGUUUGUUGUCCUUGCUGCUUUGGCAGAGGCUGCCUCGUUCCAAAUCAGGGAUACCUCUCUGAAGCUGGUGCCUAUCUUGUGGAUGACAAGCUGGGGUUGGGAGUUGUACCUAAAACUAAGGUUGUCUGGCUUGUCAGUGAGACUUUUAAUUACAGUGCAAUAGAUCGUGCAAAGUCAAGAGGAAAAAAAUAUGCUUUAGAGAAAGUGCCAAAAGUUGCUAAAAAAUUUAAUCGAAUUGGACUACCUCCUAAGGUUGGCUCCUUCCAGCUGUUUGUUGAAGGAUAUAAGGAAGCAGACUACUGGCUCAGGAAGUUUGAAACUGAUCCUUUACCUGAGAACACAAGGAAAGAAUUCCAGUCACAGUUUGAAAGAUUGGUUAUCUUGGAUUAUGUCAUCAGAAAUACAGACAGAGGUAACGAUAACUGGUUAGUUAGGUAUGAAAAACAAGAUGAUGGACCCGAUCUGUCAGAAAAGGAUAGCCAAUGGACUAUAACUAAGGAAUCUGCUAUUAAAAUUGCUGCAAUUGACAAUGGUUUAGCAUUUCCUUUUAAGCAUCCUGAUGAGUGGAGGGCAUAUCCCUUUCACUGGGCUUGGCUGUCUCAAGCAAAAGUUCCUUUCUCUCAGGAGACCAGAGACUUAGUUCUUCCUCGCAUUUCUGAUAUGAACUUCGUACAGGAUCUUUGUGAAGAUCUUUAUGAGCUAUUUAAGACUGAUAAAGGAUUUGACAAGGCUACUUUUGAAAACCAAAUGUCCGUUAUGAGGGGGCAGAUACUAAACCUUACUCAGGCGUUAAAGGAUGAGAAAAGUCCCAUUCAGCUGGUUCAGAUGCCACGUGUGAUUGUGGAGCGAAGUAGCACUGGAAGUCAGGGCCGAAUUGUUCAUCUGAGUAACGUGUUCACACAGACUUUUCAUAGCAGGAAGCCUUUCUUUUCCUCCUGGUAGGAAGAAAAAUACCUGGGAAGAGUAAGUUUCUCUUAACUUUAGAAAGCUGCUUCUGUGUAAAGGCUCUGCAAUAACGUACUCCUGCUGUAUACAAAGAGCUCCGACUGCCGACACCUCAGAACUUAAAUUCUAAAGACUUAAGAAAUGUAUUUUGAAUGUAAUAAAAGUUUACAAUUUUUGUCUCAAAAUUGUGAAUUCUUAUGUCAGGGAACGAGAAGAACUUGUCCAUAUUGUAUUUUUAUAGGCUAAAUUAAUGUAUUCUGAAUAAGGGAAGACACAGUUUGCAUACGCUGAGAAACUACUUUUGAAUACAACAGGAACUGUUUUUGUUUAAUAUAAAUGUGAGAACCUAUACACUAUCAAUUUCUUUUUAUAUGGUCUUUAAAGAAAAAAGUGCAGAUGUUAUCUUUGAUUGUGAAAAUGCUUUUCCUUGGAAUUUCUUCCUGAUAUUUUAAGCUGUUUAUAGACUUUCGUAGGCUAGGUACUUGAAAAGUCAUGCACUAAAAAAUGAAUUAAAACAAAAAAAAUCAACCUGUCCUUGA